GCACUGCCUGAGGGCCCGGGGUCAGUAGGGGGCCCCAUGAGAUGCCCCUGGUACCUUUUUCAUAGGCUCUUUUGAGUUUGGGCAAGGACACAGGGGCCCCAUGAUCCCCUAUUGCCCGGGGGCCCCAUGAGUUGUCAGUCCGCCCCUGGCCAUAACCCUGCAAUCAGACUAACUGAUGGUACAAUCUUUUCUGAUCCCAGAAUCAUUAACCAGACUUAUGCACAAUUCUAUGAAACACUGUAUUCUGACUUAGGGGCCCCUGCUGAGUAUUUCUUUGCAGGU